UUUCUUUCUCCUCAACGAUGCAGCGGCAUGUAGUGAAUGCUUGGAAAUGGCCUUCAAGGUUCAAGAGAUUUAAUUUUACGGUUGAUACUUGUUUGUUUGAACUCAAUGGCGAGAGUGAUUCAAUUUUCCCCAUCAGAAGUUAUAAUAACCAAGCUUUAGCUAGUGCUGAUUUAUCCAGACCCCAGCCAAGGACAUAUGCAACUUCUUGUGUUAUGGAAAAAGAUUUACCAAAAGAUAAUUCAGUUUCUGAUAUGUUAGUUGAUUCAUUUGGAAGAUUGCAUAAUUACUUGAGGAUUUCGCUGACUGAGCGUUGCAAUCUUCGAUGCCAAUACUGUAUGCCAGAAGAGGGUGUGAAUCUUACUCCUAGCCCUCAGAUUUUGUCAACAAAUGAGAUUGUUCGCUUAGCAAAUCUCUUUGUCAGCUCAGGUGUGGUUAAGAUUCGAUUGACCGGUGGGGAACCAACAAUCCGGAAAGACAUCGAAGACAUAUGCUUACAGUUGUCUAACUUGAAAGGGCUGAAAACACUAGCCAUGACUACAAAUGGAAUUACUCUUGCAAGAAAACUUCCAAAGUUGAAAGAGUGUGGGCUGAAUUCAGUGAAUAUCAGUUUAGAUACAUUGGUCCCAGCAAAGUUUGAGUUCAUGACCAGACGUAAAGGGCUUGAAAGGGUUAUGGAAUCGAUCAAUGCUGCUAUAGAUCUCGGGUACAAUCCAGUGAAAGUCAAUUGUGUUGUAAUGCGUGGAUUCAAUGAUGAUGAGAUUUGCAAUUUCAUGGAGUUGACACGUGAGAAACCAAUUAAUGUUCGGUUCAUUGAGUUCAUGCCUUUUGAUGGAAAUCACUGGAAUGUGAAGAAACUUGUGCCUUAUUCAGAGAUGCUUGAUAGAGUGGUACAACAGUUUAAGGGUCUAACAAGGCUUCAGGAUCAUCCAUCAGAUACAUCUAAGAAUUUCAGGCUAGAUGGGCAUCAUGGUUCUGUUUCUUUUAUUACAUCAAUGACAGAACAUUUUUGUGCUGGUUGCAAUAGAUUGCGACUUUUAGCAGAUGGGAACUUCAAAGUUUGCCUCUUUGGUCCUUCUGAGGUUAGCUUGAGAGAUCCCCUUCGUAGUGGUAUCGAUGAUAAUGGGCUGAAAGAAAUAAUUGGGGCAGCGGUCAAGCGGAAGAAAGCUGCUCAUUCUGGAAUGUUCGACAUUGCGAAGACAGCAAAUAGACCUAUGGUACAUAUCGGUGGUUAAGAAUUGAUGUGGUGAUUUCCUUCAGAUCCUUUUCUCUUACCUUGAUUAAGAUAUUUGAAAGAUGUGUCAAUUCCCCUCCACCCCAACACCCCCCCCCC